AUGAGCGGGGUAGGCGAAAAGGACGAGGCGAGGACCAAGGACGAAGAAAUUUUCAAGCUAAGGAAGCUUGCUGCCAUCUUCAAGAGUGAGUGUAAAAAGUUGAAGGAGGAGAAUGACGCACUCAAGAGGGGGAGCGUUCUCCGGGGCGCAGAAGCAGUCAGCAGCAGUAGCAGCGGCAACACUACCGCUGCAGCAGAGCAGCUAAAGAACGAGUAUGCCAAACGGCUGGCCGUAGAAAAGAGCUACAAAAAGUUGAAGAACUUCACUCUCAUGCUGGAGGAAAAAAUGACUCAAAUUAAAAGUGAAAGCAAAAAAAGGUACGACGAGAUGGAAGAGAAACUGAAGGGGUGUCAGAACGACUUGUCUGUAUCCCAGAGUGAAAGCGAAAAGUUGAGAAAAACCAUCCAAGAAAAAGAAACAACCAUGGAGAAGCUAAGAAACAAGAUGGACCAAUUUAAAUCAUACCUAAAGGAACACAAAGGAAUGACAGACAUGGCAGAAAAUAGCAUCAAUCAGGCGGUAGAAUACAAAAUGCAGAUUAAAAAAUUGAAAGAGCAUCUUGAGGGGGUAAAAAAAACGGAGGAAAUUACCUCCAAAGAAAGACAACAGUAUAGAAGCAUGAUCAUGCUUUGCUCCCAGUACAAACAAAAAUGUAAGCAGCUUCCCCUUUUAGAAAAUAAAGUAGAAAUUUUGGAAAGAAAAAUUAAAGAGUUAGAAAUAUUCAAGGAUCGAGAUAAAGAAAAAAUGGAGAAUAUCUCCGAGCUGAGAAAAAGCCUCAUAAAUGAGCAGGUGGAAAAGGAGAAACUCAAUGAACAACUUAGCGAAUGGAGCAACUUCGCCAAAUUGUAUAUCGACAAAAAUGCCAUCGAUGUAGAAAGCCUAAAGAGAUCCAUGCAACAGAUUCAUGAAAAGUACACGCACGUGAAUUCCACCAAAACGGAUUUAGAACUCCGGUACAGAACGUUAGCUGCUGAUAUGGAAAUGGUGAGGCAAACUCUGGAAGAUAGAAAAUUAGAAGUUAAAAUUGUUACGAAUAAGAAUAGGCAGUUGGAGAAGUUGUACGAGUUUGCCAAACAGGACUACAUGAGGGAGGCUGCCAGGAGGGCGAAACAGUCUACUGCGUCGUGCAAGGAAGAAAGUACAACUGAGGGUGACCCCAAGAAGGAUCCUCAGAAGGAAAAUUCCAUUUUGGAGAACUCCAUUUUGGAAAAAUCCCUCACGGAGUACAAAGCCAAGUACGACUUCCUACGAUCGGACAACGAGCAGAAGGAGAAACUCAUAGAGGAGCUGGGCGAACGAGUGAGGAAGUAUCAAAGCGAAUUUGAGCAGGCGUGUUUGAUGCAGAAAAGCGCAGAGACCGCCUCGGAAGAGUUGCAACUGUACCAGAAGGAAAUUCUAAUUCUCAAGGAAGAGAUACAAAAUUAUAAAAACAGGAUUGUCACGUUGGAAGGAGACCUGAUGAAUGUGACGAAUGAGUGGAAUGACGAUAAAGAAAAGUACGAAAAAGUGGUGAAUGAUUUAAGGGAGGCCGUUAGGAAAGCCCAAUUUGACAGCAAAAUCAGUGGCUCUGCGGGGAGCUCUUCCAACCAGGGAGGAACUCCCCAAGAGGUGAAGAAGCAGCAUAAGGAAGAAGAGGAAAAUGAUGCACAUAACACCCUCAACGCGCUGUACAGCCACCUGGACGGCCUCUCCUCUGUGGACGAGAUCGAAUUGGUAACCCUAAGGAAUGAAAACUUGUACUUAAAAUCGAAAAUAGAGGUGGUAAAAAUUUUUUAUGAAAACCAGAUUAAGAGCUAUAGGGAGGCUUUCCUCUACAUUUUGGGAUGGGACAUUCAAAUCGAGCAGAAUGACCAGGACAUCUUCUUCAUUUUGACCUCUUUAUUUUCCACCCACGAUGGGAAAUUCAUCUUUAUAAAGAGCAACGGGGCUAAGGACAAGCGCUCCCUUGGGUUGCAGCCAGACGAGGAGAGGCUCUCCAAGCGGGUGAAGCGGCAGGGGUGGGAAGCGGCCCCUCUCGAAGAGAUUGCCCCGGUAGAAGUGUCUUCACAAGGGAGCGGUAACCAGGACAACCAGGGUAACAAGGAAAACCGCGCCGAACAGGGCACCUCAAAUGAUGAGGCCGCCCCUCGCGAAGGGCUAACCAACGAGCCGGACGAACACACCGCGACCAUCACCCUGGAUAUGUCCAAGAGCACCUUCCAAAACACAAAUGUGACCCUCUCUUCCAUCGUGAAAGGCUCCAAGUACAGCUUGUUGCUGCACGGCCAUUACGGCCUCAAGUGGAACGACAACGAGGACUGGAAGGACCACAUCAACAAGAUUAACACUUACCCUGUCCUCCUCUCCAUGUCCUGCAUAGAAGAAUUCAACAACAUCAAGGCGCAGUACAGCAACAGCAUGGGCAAGAACUCCCGGGGGAUGCUCUUCAAGCUGUAG